AUGCUCUUGGACGCAGGACCGCAGUAUCCCGCGAUAGGAGUCACUACUUUCGGCUCCUCGCGGCAUCACUCAACAGGCGAAGUCACGGAGCGAGAAGUGGCGUUGGGGAUCAACCCGUUCGCGGAUGGGAUGGGCGCCUUCAAAAUCAACCACAGCUCACACGACUUGGGCUCAGGACAGACAGCAUUCUCGUCCCAGGCACCCAGUUACGCCGCGUUAGGACACCACCACCACGCGACCCACGUUGGUUCAUACUCCACAUUUAACUCCACACGGGACUUUCUGUUCAGAAAUCGGGGGUUUGGAGACGCUGCGGGGCCACAGCACAGUUUAUUCGCUUCUGGAAGUUUUGCCGGGCCACAUGGACACUCUGAAGCGGCGGGGCACCUGCUCUUCCCCGGGCUACACGAGCAAGCGUCCUCGUCCAACGUGGUCAAUAGCCAGAUGCGCUUGGGCUUCUCGGGGGAUGUGUACGGACGGGCUGAGCAGUACGGGCAUGUCACCAGCCCGCGGUCCGACCACUAUGCAUCCACGCAGCUGCACGGCUAUGGCCCCAUGAACAUGAAUAUGGCCGCGGCGCACCACGGAGCGGGGGCCUUCUUCAGAUACAUGCGGCAGCCCAUCAAACAGGAGCUCAUCUGUAAGUGGAUAGAACCCGAGCAGCUAAGUAACCCCAAGAAGUCUUGCAACAAAACUUUCAGCACCAUGCACGAGCUCGUCACCCAUUUAACGGUGGAGCACGUGGGGGGACCGGAGCAAACGAACCACGUCUGCUUCUGGGAGGACUGCGCCCGAGAGGGAAAACCUUUCAAAGCCAAAUACAAACUGGUCAAUCACAUCCGAGUGCACACAGGGGAGAAGCCGUUCCCGUGCCCGUUCCCCGGCUGUGGCAAAGUGUUCGCGCGCUCGGAAAACCUGAAAAUCCACAAGAGGACACACACCGGUGAGAAGCCUUUUAAGUGUGAGUUUGACGGCUGCGACAGACGAUUUGCAAAUAGCAGUGAUCGCAAGAAACACAUGCACGUGCACACGUCGGACAAACCAUAUUUGUGCAAAAUGUGCGACAAAUCCUACACACACCCCAGCUCCCUGCGGAAACACAUGAAGGUCCACGAGUCGAGUAACGGGGGGUCCCAGCCCUCUCCCGCGGCCAGCUCAGGCUACGAGUCGUCCACACCGCCCACAAUCGUCUCCCCGUCCACAGAGAACCAGAGCAGCAGCAUAUCGCAGCAGUGCACAGUCUCGUCCAAUUUCAAUGAAUGGUACGUGUAA